AUGACAGAUUAUGUUUUCAAGUACAUUCUUGUUGGCGACAGUGGCGUGGGGAAGAGCUGCCUUCUGAUGCAGUUCACCCAGGGCCGCUUCUCCUCAAAGCACGACAUUACAAUUGGCGUCGACUUCGGCGCGAGGAUUAUCAAAAUAUCGAACUGGGGUGCUGGCGACAGUAGCGGAAGCAAUAAGCUAUCUUCUGGCACCAAUAGUACUUGUACUAGUGCUGGGAAGACAGUUAGAAUUCAGGUCUGGGACACUGCCGGACAGGAGCACUUCCGUAGCAUCACGCGGAGUUACUUUCGUGGGGCCAUCGGUGCCAUUCUUGUUUAUGACAUAUUCAAUCGCGACUCCUUCACGCACGUGCAGGGCUGGCUGCGUGAGUGUCGUGAGCAUAGCAGCAAUGCCCAUAUCACGAUCCUUCUCGUCGGCAAUAAAACAGACCUUCUUGAAGGGGAUGGAACGGAUGGUCGUACGCGAGAGGUCAGCAAGGUUGAGGGCGAGGCAUUUGCCGAGCGCCACGGCCUAUUAUUCAUUGAAACGAGCGCCAAGAGGAGCGAGGGGGUGGAUGAGGCGUUUGAGAUGGUCGCGCGCAGCAUAUGUGAAAAGAUACAGCGUGGCUUGAUCGAUGGGGAGGUGCUGCGCGGUGACAACGGAAGGCUGCAGCCAACGAUGUUCUCAAUUCGCGGAAGUUCUUCUGGUGACAACGGCGGCUGCUGCUAA